CCCGCCCCGCCCGGCCUGCUGCUCUGCUCUCCGGACACACAGCGGGGCUGUGCUCAGCGCUCUGUGUUUUGGUUUAUAUCUCUCUGUGUGUGUGUGAUCGGGCGGACAGCGUCUGGAGGGAUUCAGUAGUGGUCAGGAUGCCGCUGUUUGAGGUUUUGGGGAGCGGAGGAGAGAAGACGGCCGUGGUGAUCGAUUUAGGAGCUGCCUACACAAAGUGUGGCUUUGCUGGUGAGACUGGGCCGAGGUUUAUCAUCCCUAGUGAGAUCCAGCGUCCUGGAGUACAGCAGCCCAUUAAAGUGGUGCAGUACAACAUAAACACAGAGGAGCUGUACACUAACCUGAAGGAGUUCAUUCACAUGCUGUACUUUAGGCAUUUGCUCGUAAACCCACGUGACCGAAGAGUGGUUAUCAUUGAGUCCAUCCUCUGUCCCUCACACUUCAGAGAAACUCUGUCCAAAGUAUUCUUCAAGCACUUUGAGGUUCCAUCAGUUCUCUUUGCUCCCAGCCAUCUAAUGUCCAUCAUGACUUUGGGUAUCAACUCAGCCCUUGUGAUGGAUUGUGGAUAUACAGAAACAUUGGUGUUACCUGUUUAUGAAGGAAUCCCCAUCCUGUCUGCUUGGGAAGCUUUGCCGAUGGGUGGAAAGGCUAUUCACAAAGAAUUGGAUAGUCUGCUGACGGAACAAUGUACAGUGGAUACAGACUCAGGCACUGGCCACAGCUUACCCACUGUGAUAGGCACAGUCUCUGAAGAGGUGGUUGAAGACAUCAAAGUAAGGACAUGCUUUGUCAGUGACUUGCAAAGAGGUCUGAAAAUCCAGGAGGCCAAGUUCAACAUGGAUGGAACUGCAGAGAGACCUGCUCCUCCUCCUGAUGUUGAUUAUCCCUUGGAUGGAGAAAAGAUUCUGCACAUUAAGGGAUCAAUUAGAGACUCAAUUGCUGAGAUGUUGUUUGAACAGGACAACGAAGAAAAAUCUAUUGCUACAUUAAUCCUUGAUACUCUUGUUAAGUGUCCUAUUGAUACAAGGAAGGUUCUUUCUGAGAACUUGUUGGUAAUUGGCGGGACAUCCAUGCUUCCUGGCUUUCUUCACCGCCUCCUGGCUGAGAUCCGUUUGCUGGUGGAAAAGCCCAAAUACUGUGAUGCUCUAGCUACCAAGAGCUUUCGCCUUCACAGUCCACCAGCCAAGCCCAACUGUACUGCCUGGCUAGGAGGGGCCAUAUUUGGAGCAUUGCAGGACAUCCUGGGCAGUCGAUCAGUUUCCAGAGAUUACUACAACCAAACAGGCCGCAUUCCUGACUGGUGCUCCCUCAGCAGCCCUCCACCAGAAUCACUCUAUGACCCAGGAAAAACACCCCCACCACUCAUGAAGAGGGCCUACUCUACAGAGAAAUAAUCUAAAAAUAAUCUGUCUCUUUUUUGAGACACAGAGACUUGCAUCAUUAGAAACCCCAUGCAUACUUACAUUUAACAGAAUUGCCAACAACAAGAACAACCAGUAGGGGGCAGUCACUAUCACACUAUCUCCAAGACAACUAUGAUCAUAUUUGCCCUUUGAGAGUUCUGUGACAUACACAUAAAAAUAUCACAUGGUCAUGGUGUAACAGACAAGAACUUAAAACACUGAUUGAACAUAAUGGUGUAUGUGUUGCUUAACUGUUUCUUUUCUUCAUUGCAUGUGUACUAUUAUUACUGUAUAAUCUGUGUCAGUGCUUUAAAAGUUUAACGCUAACUUAUUCACAUUACAGAUACUUAAAAUGUAGGUAAAUAUUGAACAUUCAGAAGAAACCAUGGACUCUCAUAUUAUUGAGCAUAUUAAUAAAUACAAACAUUCCAACGUU